GUUUUGGUUGAGGUCAGGCUUUAUAUAUCUUCCUCUCCGCCGUCGAUCCUAACAGGUCUGGACCAAGUCAACAAUCCUUAUCACUCUCUUCCCCAGCCCAAAACAACAUCUCCACUGAUCCGGUAUGGAGACUGCCACCGAGAAUAGCGAGUUGAGGAUCCAAGCACUCUGUACAAAGGAGUCAUGGUGGCGCGUGCCACACCUUGUGCACCUGAACUUGAUCCUCAUGGUUCCUUUUGUCUCGAGUUAUAUCGGUGGCUUCGACGGCAGCAUGCUUAAUGGUGUCCAGACGGUCCAGCAAUGGAAAGAAGAUUUUGAUCAUCCGUCCGGCGGUAUCCUCGGCCUUAUGGUAAAUAUGCAAACUAUCGGUGGCGUCGUUGCUCUACCAAUCGCACCCGUCAUUGCGGAUAGGUUUGGACGACGAAUCCCUAUCUUUAUUGGUUCUAUCAUUAUUAUCGGUGCCGCAAUAUUGCAGGGGUCUGCUUCCAACAUGGCCAUGUUUGUGGCCGGACGGUUCUUCAUCGGUCUAGGUGGAAUGUUUGUCGCAACUGCCUCUCCUCCAUUGCUUGGAGAGCUGGCGUAUCCGGCACAUCGACCUGUGAUAACCGCUCUCUAUAAUACUACAUUUUAUGUGGGAUCUAUUGUUGCCGCCUGGUCCACAUAUGGCACUUUCGACAUGCCAAAUUCCUGGAGCUGGAAGAUCCCGUCACUCCUGCAGGGCUUGGUCUCUAUCUUCCAGAUUAUCUUCAUCUUCUUCGUGCCCGAGAGCCCAAGAUGGCUUAUUGCCAAUGGCCGGACAGCCGAUGCGACUCAUAUUCUGAGUAAAUACCACUGCGGUACUGAAGAGCCAACUGCUCUUGUACAACUCCAGAUCGCGGAGAUUACUGGCGCCAUGGAAUUUGAGCGCUCGUUGAAUUCGGUGUCUUACCUUCAAUUCUUUGAAACAAAGGGAAACCGUCAUCGCCUGUUUGUUGUUGCCGCCCUAGGCUUCAUCAUCCAGUGGUGCGGUAACCAACUCAUUUCAGGAUACCUCGCUCUCGUGCUUAUUGAUACCGGGAUCACCAACCCUGAAACACAGAACCUAAUUAAUGGAGCCCUUCAGAUUUAUAACUUCGUUAUUGCUACCGGCUCUGCCACCCUCGUCGACCGCCUUGGCCGGCGAUUCCUGUUCCUCACCUCCACCAUUGGCAUGUUAUUCUCUUUUGCCAUCUGGACUGCCCUUGCGGCGCGAAACCAAAUCUCCGAGGGCCAUCAGGGACUCGGUAUCAGCGUUGUGGUCAUGGUGUUCGUGUUUUACACCUUUUACAACUUUGCCAUGAGCCCCCUUCCCAUUGCCUACCUGGUUGAGGUGCUGCCCUACACGCUCCGUGCCAAAGGUCUUAGUGUGUUUAACCUGGCCCAGAUAUGCAGUGGCCUGUUCAAUGGGUUUGUUAACCCGAUCGCAUUGGAAGCCCUUAGAUGGAAGUACUACAUCAUGUUCUGCUGUGCCCUUCUGCUCUGGCUUUUCGUCAUUUACUUUACGUUCCCAGAGACUCGCGGCCUGACACUGGAAGAGGUUAGCAGGAUUUUUGACGGAGAUCAGGCGCUUGCAGGUGCAUACGAGGCCAAGGGUGAGGAUUUACCUGAAACUGAACACAAGGACAAGGUUUCGGCGGAGGUUACCAGGGAAUAAUGAUGCUGUGUUGGUCUUGUGGGGGCCGUGCGGUGUGAAAAGCGACUGGAAUAUGGUGUGCACACUAUGAGGGCUGGCCAGUGACCGCUCAAUUUAGUACCCCGGAUGAUAUCCAGACCAUAUGAUUGCAUGUAGAUUAAUUUGACGUGGAUUCUCCGGGCGCGAAGUUCUGC